GAGACAAGAAGAUAAAACGAGGUGGAAUGAGCUCUAGAGGACUGUGUGGUACUGUAAAGGACUUUUUGAAGAUUUCAAAGCAGCUGGUGUACAUUUGAGAAAAAAUGCAGGAGCAAAUGAAAGAAGACAGAGAAACAGGGUUGCCCAUUGUGGACUCAGACGCGUCUCACCUGUACACACCAGACACGAGCUUCACUCACCUCACAACAGUCACGCGCUUACCGGGAUGGGACAGGGAGGAACAAAAUUGCUCUCUGUUGCCAAGAGUAACCAGAGAUUCCUUGAGGCCUGACCAGUCAGUGAUCAUCUUGCAUGCCAAAGUUGCUCAGAAGUCCUACGGCAAUGAAAAAAGGUUUUUCUGUCCGCCUCCUUGUGUGUAUCUCAGUGGGCAUGGAUGGAAACUCAGACAGGAGCAACUUAAAGCAUCAGGUGUUGGUGAGUCCAGUUGUCGUCUGUUUGGGUACAUGGGUCUGGACAGCUCCACUGAUCCGCAGACAGACAGUUUCAAGCUGAGCUUUGAGGAGCAAACAGACAAGAAGAUGUUUGCUUGCGCUAAGACCUUGUACAUCUCAGAUACGGACAAACGAAAGCAUUUCCGGCUGCUGCUCCACCUGUUUCACAGCGGUGGACAAGAAAUUGGCACGUUUCAAAGCAGACUCAUUAAAGUCAUCUCUAAACCAUCACAGAAGAGGCAGUCCAUGAAAAAUGCUGACUUGUGUAUUUCCUCUGGCUCAAAAGUGUCAUUGUUUAACCGCUUACGGUCACAGACGGUCAGUACGCGUUACCUGUCGGUGGAAGAUGGCGCAUUUGUUGCCAGCGCAAGACAAUGGACAUCCUUCACUGUCACUUUAGUGGAGGAGAUGCAGGCUGAUCUCAGUGAAUACACUGUGCGUGACAGCUACCUUUGUUACGGCUGUGUGGUUCAGCUGGUAUGCACUGAUACAGGAGUUGCAUUGCCACCAAUGGUAAUACGUAAAGUGAAUAAGCAGCAUGCAUGUCUUGACGUGGAUGAGCCCGUUUCUCAACUUCAUAAAUGUGCGUUCCAGCUCAAAGACAGCAACCACAUGUACCUCUGCCUCUCCAGUGAAAAAAUCAUACAGUACCAGGCAUCUCCAUGCCCUAAAGAGGGUGAUAAAGUUUUGUUGAAUGAUGGCUCAUGCUGGACUAUCAUUGGAACAGAGGUGGUGGAGUACACCUUUAGUGAGACUCUGACCUGUCAGCCAACCAUCAUCAGCCCUGCACCUGUUAUCAAUGGACUAGAGCUGAACGGCGGAGGACAUGUGGCCAUGUUGGAGCUUCAUGGAGAGAACUUCAGCCCUCAUUUGAAGGUCUGGUUUGGCAACAUGGAAGCUGAGACCAUGUUCAGGUCGCCCAGGUCUCUGCUGUGCGUCGUCCCUGAUGUGUCUAUAUUGAGUGGCGAGUGGAAAUGGAUGAGACAACCAAUCACAGUGCCCCUAUCCUUGAUCAGAUUGGACGGCCUUAUCUACAGGAGCUCUUUUUCAUUCACUUUCACACCAGAGCACAGAGUCCCCUCUCAAUCAAACGGUACUGCAGAAAGAGCCGCAGACUCCGACUCACUCAUAGACACGAUACACCAGGAGUUCACACGGAUGAACUUUCAUCUAUUUAUGCAGAGCUGAGAGGUAAAAUAUUAAUUCCAGAUUAUGUACAGUUACAUUAACAACCAAAACUUGAUGGAACGUUUGAUGAACAGGAAUGCCCAAAAUGAGUGUGGAAAGAGCCGGUUCCAACCUGGUAUCAUAGGUAUCACGUUACUUUACCUACAUUUUAGCUAAAUAAUUUUUAAGUGGGUCAUUGUACUUACGUAUUGCGUCAUU